AUGUCAUGUCGUAGCACGCGAGCUCGAGCAGCCAAAAUUGUGCUAGAAGAGCCCUUGGAACAGACCAGGAAGAUUACCGAUGUGUUCAAGGUCACAAGAGGAAGAGGAAGAACACAGAAAAAGCUUCACGGCGAUGAGACUCGCGUCGAUACAAAGCCCCUCCUGGCAUCGGGAUUUAUUCAGCAGGAAUUGACUGAAGGCGUUUGUUCAUCAGCAAAAGCGGAAACUAUAUGUUCACCCCCAAAGAGAGCGAAGAAGUGUACCGAUCACACACAACGAAGCGCUAGAAAAAUUCUUUUCGCCACUGACGACAACAAAAAAAGUUCGCCAAAAAAGGAAAUGGUUGUUGAGGUCAGCCAAACGGAUGUACUGCUGCCCAAAUUAAAGCACGUGCUCGCAUACGAAGUGUUGCGGAACUUCAAGCAGUGCUGGCCCAAAAAGGCGCUGUCAAAGCAGUUCAUGAACAGGCACAGCGGAUCAAGAGCCAAAAGCCGUGGAGAAGGAACACGCGAAGGAUGCCUCCAAUGCAGUGAAGUCUGCGCCUAUAAAGGGUCAGCGCGAGGAGAAUUAACCAACUGGAAGGCAAAGUUGCGAGCUCACCAAAAGCGUUUGGAACCGUCGACCUCUGUUGUGCCUGAUUUCAUUCUUCCCACGCAUAAAACACCUGCCAAAGCGUCUCUGGACGAAUUUGAGCUGAAUGAAACGAGGCAUGUCUUUGAGUACGGGAAAAGCUUCACGACUCAUUGA